ACACGAGGUUUGAUUCAGUUCGGGAACGCGAUGCCAUGGUUUGUGCACCACCACGUGCCGUAGCCCAAGGAGACGUCGCCCGUAGUGGACAGACUGCGACUGCAGCUCAACCGUACGGUGCGCAGAACUGUGACGGAGACCGUGGACGCUGUUUGGGUGGCCUUCUCGGAUGAACUGGCACAGCUAACGUUUAACGGUCCGCCCACCGCACCUGCUAUGGACGACUACGAACUGUUUUACGACUGCUGCAGCCGACUGACCAAGUUCAUCGAGAAGAAUAUGGACACGACACCCGGGUUUUUAGAGCAGAUGGACCGCCUCAUCUUCGCAUGCCACUAUGGCGCCCCGGGGUCGGCGGUGCGCUUCGCCAUGACGAAAGAUCUGCGCAUCCGUAGAGGCAAGGCGAACAACGGAAAAGAGCAUGUUAGCAUCAAGACGGAUCAUUUAAUAGCAGGUGAGAGUGAGCAACCGGUGAUUUCACCGCCGAGUGGUACACGUGGAAUGGAGGCUUCCGACGAGGAGUCCGAGGCGACUACUACAGUUGGAACGGAAUCGAGGCAGUGGACGAGGAAAAGACUGUCGACGACGAGCCAUUCACCACCAAGACUGCCUCCGUCGAAAAGAGCGAAACGAUCGUCGGCUUCGGAUUUGGGACGGGGUAAAGAUGGAAACCACGAGGAAAUGGCGACGAAGAAAAGUGACAAAGAGAAGAAGAGAACGAGCACCCGAACUUCGCCAAUGCAACAGAAUGUUGGUCGACGCACGUCGCGACGAAUGACUUGUGUUCAUCGACAGGUGAAUGGUGUUGAAGAUGAUCAGAGAAAUGAUCGGAAGACAACGAAAUCGCGGAGUGGUCGUUGUGUUCGUCGACCGGUGAACGGUGUUGGGGAUGAUCAGGGGAAUGACCGGGAGACAACGAAGUCGGGGCGUGAUCGUUCUGCUAGUUCAAAGCGUCAAGAAUCUCUCCAAGCUGAAACUGGGAGAAAGGUACGACGAAGCUUGAGACGCUUAUCGAAAUGUACCAAUGAUUCGCGUAAAUCCACCGAGUCCAAUGAAGACUACCAGACACGAUCAAAAGCAAAAGAUGAAGCGAAGGAUCAAUCUGAAAAAACUGACACGACCGGGUCGGAGCAAGACACUAAUGUGAUCGAGGAAGAUGACCCGGAUACCGACGCUGAACAAGUGGUGCCUCCUGAAAGGGAGAUAACGUCAAACGGGAAGCAGGUUCAUCCAACUAUUGUAUUGGAAUCCCCCUCACAGUGUGCUCUUGAAGUGAUGACAAGGCGAAUGACGUUGCUGGCGUUGAUGAGGGGCCUGAAAGCAGGACCGAAGCGACACACAUUGCUGGCUUGGAGCAAGAGAAUAACGUGACCGGAGCGGAGACUUGUGCGGGUUUCGAAGAAGAGAGCCUGCGAUGUGUUUGUGUUGUUGAAGGUAAGUUCAAAAAGUGAGCUUUAUUAAGACUCCGGCAAGGAGCACGAUUCUCUAGCUUUCCGUCAGAGAAGCGGGUCGUAUCAGCUAUUUCAGGGCACAGCCAUCCAUCAAUCCCAUCAAUACAUCAUGGCAUUACAUCUUCCCCCAUGGCUGGUGCGUUGAAAGGCUUGAUGCGGCGCAUGUGGAUGCUCUCUAGGAAGCGCUCUCGGUCAAUAACGAGGGUCCCAUUGCUGCGGACACUGACCACGCGAAAUGGCCCUUCGAAUGCCUGUUGGAACUUCGGGGGACGUGCAUCGUGUCGCGCCACCAUCACCAUGUCUUCAGGGGCGUACUCAUGCGCGGUGCGUGCACUGUUCUCGCGCUCGUUGUGUCGGCGGACCUGAGCCUCCUUCUUGCUCUGCUGCGCCUUCCAAUCUACGGCCUUACCAUCGUCGAACAGCAUGUCCCGUCCGAAGGCGGCCUGCGCGGGAGAUAAUGACGUCGCUAUGUGGAAUUGAGCCCGCAAGGCGAACAUAACUGCUGAUAAGCAGUUCUCCCAUUCCCCGAAGGUAGUGAUUUCUUCAGUUCGUAGCUUGUCGUUGAUGGUUCGGUGCACUCGUUCGAGGACCCCGUUUGCUUGAGGAUUCUUGGCCGUGGUUCCAGCUCGCUGCACUCCGUAGCUAUCGAGAAGCUCGGUAAAUUCAGCCCGAAACUCUGGCCCUUGGUCAUAAAUGCACCGUUCGGGCCUGGGGUAUCGGUUGAGCCACCACUGAUCUACGAUGCGAGCUGCUUCAGCGCUGGUUCCAUCCGUCAUGGCCGCAAUCUCGAGCAAUCUGGUACUCGUGUCCAUAAUCGUCAUGGCCCGCCACUUCGACGGCCCAAAUGGUCCAAUGCUAUCCACCGCUAUUUCUGCCCAAGGUCGCACCUCAACUUCCUUUGGGGGUAUUUUUCCGUACUUGGCCUUGCUGACCUUAGUUCGGGCGCACUGCUUGCAGUUGCGAACCCAAUUGGCCACGUCGGCGGUAAGUCCGGGCCAGAAUAAGGUGGCUUUGAUGGACUCCGUCAUUAUACGUUCCCCCGGGUGCAUCAACCAUUGGUGGUAAGUCUGCAACACCUUGCCCACCAGGGCACCGGGUAACAGGAUCUUCCCAGAAUCUCUACUGACAAACACCUUGGUGCUGCCAAUCGCACGCCUCACGACUGCUGGACCUUCUUGAAGGCCAACGAGUCGCUGCGCUUCCGCGAUUUCGUUUAGCGAGAGGGAAAAUAGGGAUUCCUUUUGCGCUGUCGUAACAGCUGCCGCUCCGGGCGCGUCGUGCAACGGCAGUCGUGAUAAGGCGUCGGCGACAACAUUGUCCCUGCCUGGCACGUACUGCAGCGUCACCCCGAACUCUUCGAUCUCGAGCCGCCAGCGCAUCAUUUCAGCGUUCCUAAAGGUAGCUUCGAGGGAGUUCUUGUGGUCCGUGAAGACCGUGACUUCGCGUCCCCACAGUAACGAUCUGAACUCGCGUAGCAUUUCGAGAACACUCAGCAGUUCCUUCUUGUUGGUGGUAUACUUCUCUUGCGCUUGGUUGCACUUGCGUGACCAGAAGGCCAGUGGUUUGCCGCGCUGCAUGACUACUCCUCCCAAUUGAUGCGCCGACGCAUCGGUGUACAGUUCAAACGGUACGUUGUAGUCGGGGUAUUGUAGCUGCACGUUUUCGGCUAUGCGCACCUUGACCUCUUCAAACGCUCGUUGCUCUUUCGGUCCCCACCGAAAGGGAACCUUGCGUGAAGUGAGCGCCGUCAGUGGAGCUAACAGCUCCGAUCGCCCCCUCCACAUGUCCUUGUAAUAAUUUACCAUGCCGAUAAAUCUGCGUAAGUCUCGGAUAUUUCGCGGACGAGCGAGGUUCAAUAUCCCA